AUGUCAUUUCGCACUUUGACGCCUGAACUAUACGGCUCUCAAAAGAAGUCUGAUCUUCCUAUAUUCAACAAGUUAUCGCCAAAGAAACAUUCUAAUCGAAUAUUGUUCAAAAGGGUGUUUUAUGCGUUGGUUGUGGUGUUAGUAGUUUAUACCUUGUAUGUCAAAAUUAUUCUUUCACCGAGUCCGAAUCUGCCGAACUUUCUACAACAAAAGAAGAAGCAGGAUGUUGUGAAUGAAGAUAUGCAACAUGAUUUGGAAUUUCAGCGACAGCAACAGGAAAAGGAUUUGAAUGAUCAGGAUCAUGAAGUUUACCAGGUGACAAAAGAUGGUGUGGAGAAGCAACAACUGGAAGGCGGUGCAGUUGACAACGGCAGCGGUAGAACCAGCGGCAGCACCAGCGGUAGCAUCAGCGGCACUUUUGACGACGACGACCCGAAUCAAAGCGUUGUGGAGUAUUUUGACUUGAACGAUUACCAAGGUUCCCCAAAUGGUAAUCAACAAGGUGAUGUUGUUUUAUUUUUGAUGCCCUUGAGAAAUGCUGAGCAUGUUUUACCAAUGGCUUUUUACAACUUGAUGAAUUUGACAUAUGAUCACCUGUUGAUAGAUAUAGCAUUUUUAGUCUCUGAUUGUUCACCGGAUGAUACCACAUUGGAAACUGUUUUCAGAUACUCUGUUGCUCUUCAAAAUGGCACUUUAAUUGAUUUAUUGAAACUGGAAGAGGAACUGAAACGUGGUGCUAAGGUUAAGGGGUCUAAUGAUUUGUAUCAAUCUUAUAUGGAACCAUUAUAUAUGGAAAGUGUGAAAAAGGCAUAUAGUAAUCCAGAGCAUCAUAAGGGGUACCGAACUCCAUUUAGGUCCGUCACGAUUUUCAAAAAGGAUUUUGGUCAGAAUAUAGGGCAAGGAUUUAGUGAUCGUCAUGCAGUUAAGGUUCAAGGGAUAAGAAGAAAAUUGAUGGGACGAGCUAGAAAUUGGCUUACAUCCAGUGCCUUGAAAGCCGAUCAUUCAUGGGUGUACUGGAGAGAUGUCGAUAUUGAAACGUGUCCCGGGAAUGUUAUUGAAGAAUUGAUGCUGCACGAUUAUGAUGUAAUGGUGCCCAAUGUAUGGCGCCCAUUGCCUACAUUUUUAGGUAAUGAGCAGCCAUACGAUUUGAAUUCAUGGAUCGAGUCCGAUGCAGCAUUGGAUUUGGCCAAGACAUUAGAUGAAGAUGAUGUUAUAGUUGAAGGGUAUGCAGAAUAUCCCACCUGGCGUGCCCAUUUGGCAUACAUCAGAGAUCCAAAUGGGGAUCCGCGAGAAAUUGUUGACCUAGAUGGUGUUGGAGGGGUUUCGAUAUUGGCCAGAGCCAAAAUAUUUAAACAAGGAGUUCAUUUCCCAGCAUUUACAUUUUUGAAUCAUGCUGAAACUGAGGCAUUCGGUAAAAUGGCAAAAACUAUGGGGUUCAAGGUUGGUGGAUUACCUCAUUACACAAUAUGGCAUAUUUACGAACCCAGUGAGGAUGAUUUACAAAAGAUUUCCAAAUUAGAAAGAAGUCGAAGAAGAAAGCAAAAGAAUUAA